GUCUUGAGUAUUACAUGUUUCUUGCAGUACCUUCCUGGGCUCAAGGACCUCGAGGAUGUUUACUGACAGAAAUACCCUCAUUGACAGUUCUCUACGUCCCAGAAAUGUCUUCUGUAGAGCUGACAUCAGACUGCGGUCUAGACGGGACCAAGAGAAUUUCUUGCAAGGGGGAUGCAGAUCGAGAAACGCUGUUGAAACAACUAACCUGCACUAUACCUGGGGACGACUUUGAAGACAAAACUACAAAGUCUGCAAUAUCUUCUUCAUCAUCUGCACCAUUAGCGACCCUACCAUCUUCUACAAUAGACGACAACUCUUUGAUUGCAGCUAGCACCAAGAGCUGGAUAUGGACAUCUAAUACCAUCGAUAUUGACUACGGAAUGCCUACGAGGCAUCGAAGAGAAACGGAAGAUACUCUGAGCCCUGUCGCUACGAAGAGUACGAGCACUACUACAAGGAUUACCAGGCCAAAAGCAGAUCCUUUCUUAGCUACCAAUUACGAUACAGAAGUAACAACCAGUAGUCUAGACAGCGCUUCAGUAUCAGAGCGACCGACAACCCAGUACAGCACUAAAGAAAGCAGCUCGUCGGCGACACAAACCCGAACAUCGGUGACACCGGCCACAAGAGAAUCCUCAAGCAUUCCUACAACAAGUACCAUGUCACCAAGUACGUCGGGUUCCGAAUCAGUGCAGUUCACCGCUGAACCUACACCAGACUACCCUAGUGCUAUUGGCCAAGGACAACUGUUCAGUAUUAUUGAAAAUGGAACAAUGUUUGACAUCAUUGAACUAAACGACACCAGCGCAGACGUUGAAAAAGUACCAUCAGCACCAUCACAACCAUCCACUUCUCCUCAAACCGUAACAUCCAAACCUUCUAUCAAACUCACCAAACUGAACGAGAAGAAAUCCACUAAAGAUGUCACAGCAAAGAAGCCUUUGACCAAGAAGGACAUUUAUAAAAUAUCUGAUCCCAAAAAGGCACAGGUUAUUCCAAUUAAACCCACGCCGCAACCCAUAGAAACAUUGGAACUUCUGAAUGAGACGGACAUUACGAAAGAGGUCGUAUUGGUUCCAGUUGUAAAUGAUCAGUCGUUGAAGCUAAACAGAACCUUCAGGAAGGAAGUACCAUCUCCACCUCCAGACGAUUCAAUUGAAUUCAACGACGUAGAGGAAGUAGCAAAAGUGGCCGUGCAGCCCAUCUUCAAUGAUUUGCCUGAAGCUGAACCGGAAGUAGAUACUAAUUCCGAUGAACACACUGUGGAAAUGGCACCAAUUAUUGUCUCUGAACAACCGGAAACAGUCGAGGCAGCUGCUACCACUGCCGAAUUAAACACGACGAAAGAUACAGAGAGUGAAGCUGCAAUGAUACAGGACAGUUGGGCUCCCCCAGAAGACACAAUUAGACCAAAUACGACGCAAGAGGAGGCGUUGAAGGCACAAUUUCUACCACGUUCACUUCAAACUACAGAAAGCACAACAAAGCCUUCAAACAGCAGUGAAGCACACGCAAAUACAGAAGCAACAGAAAAGGAAACCGGUGGGGUAGGUAAGUAAUUUAACUUUCAGAUGAAGAAACAACGUUAGCCGAAGAGCAACGCAAACCAAACAGGCAACGUCAACUGACGAGGCCGCAAAAGAAGUCUUUCUACCCCUAUUUCUUCGGCAGGGUGUUGGGGUGAAUUGACGAACAUUAGCGGCAAACAUGUUUUUGAUGUUUGUAUUGAAUUGUAAACGCACAUAACAUCACGCACAUAAUAAGCUCACUUUGUAGUUGAGGCAUUUUUCUUGUAAUACGAGGGUGAAUUCUUAGUCUAGGACUGCAAGCUUUCCAUAUACUGUGGCAGCACAACGUUUUGGAAUAGUAGUUUUGUAUAUUGAAUACAUAGUACAAUCAUACAUUUAGGGCUCAAACCUCAUAACAUAUUUAUCUUUUUAGAAAAGAUUGUGCCAAAUAUAUUAAAAUAGAAAACAGACCACUGGUCUAAAUACGAGUAACUUUCAUAAUUUUACACAUUUAAUAACAUUGAAUGCGUACUAUCCAUGCCACUAAAUACUUUAGUGAUAAUGCUCUUAAUACUCAUGAUGUCUAUCAAAAAAAGCUUAGGAAAUACUGAAAAAGUCAUAUAGAAAAUACAGAGUUACAUUCUACACUAACUCAUUUAAUGUUUAAAAAAAUAAUUUCACUAUACAACAGUUUGAGAGCAAAUCUUUCUUACGGCUCUUGGCUAGUGUAUGCCAUGCAAGAUAUAAUUUAUCUUAGAUAAGCCACAUUCUCUGGAAAAGGAAUAUAAUCAUUUGUAGAUUGGAAGUUUUUGAUACACCCUCGUUAGGAGUUUCAAAGUUACUUUUAAUUAUAUGUAUUGUUGAAGUUUAUAUAUGUGUUAUAUGUUAUAGUAUUUAUUUCACCCUUCAAAAAGGGGCUUAGUUUCUCAAAGCAAAAGAUGUGUGAAGUAACCAAAUGAGUACAAAGUGCUCACAAAAACAAAUACUAAUUUUUUGCUUGGAGCACAAAUAGAUGCUUCAUAGAAAAUUCAAUCAUAGUCAUAGAAUUUUCUUUUGCAAUGAGAGUAGAUAUGGUAGCAAGUAGACACAUUUUUUCUGUAGAAAUGAUGAAUCGCUCUAGAAUAACAACGGAUCAGUCUGUCGGAGAGUCGCAUCGCUAGAAAGAAUAAUUAAAAAUAAAAUAUCAAAUGCAGCUUUAGUAAGACGAAAGCUUUUACAACCCCUUUUCAAAAUUUACAUAUGAUAUCAGUCUGCAUAAACACUGUGAUUGCUCUCGAUUGGCAUUAGGCCAUGGUGGGUAGAGCGGUGUUUAGUACAUUCCAAAGUCAGAAAUUAUGACAUUAGGUACAUCUCAAAAUUGACUAAAUCCAAUAAAAUAUUAUUAUUUAUCAUUAUAUUUGGGUAGAUGAGAAGUAUCAUACAUUUCUUAUCAACACAAAGUACACAAACUUGUUCUACUUCGCAGCAGCUGCUAGUCUAGACUAGUCUAUCACAAAUAAAAGUGAACAUAUUUGCAACGCGACUAUAGACAAACUGAUCCACGCAAAUUAAGCACUAUUAUAUCAUAAGAACAAAUCCAUAUACAUAUAUAUUUGCACAAAAAUGGCUAAUUGCACCGUCCCGCUUACUUCCCGUCCUUUUAUUUCAAAGAACCAAUGUGAUUUUUCCAGUUGACAACAUAAAAAACCAUGAAAAUAUUGCAAAUUGUUUUCAUUUAUAAGGCUUUUUAAAACAUCGUGGAAUAACCUUAUGAAGUAACACUUUGCAAUGACGGUUCUGGAAAUUAAUGCUCAUAUUACGUGUAAUGGCGCAGUAUGAUUUCCAGAUUUAUGGUAUGUUAAUGAUUUCGACUCACCUACUCAAGUACCGUAUCUAUAACUCUUAGCAAAUGUCACUAAAUAUAAUUGGUAGCUGUAUCAUGCAAAUGUUUCUUGAAUCUGCUAAUCAUACUUCACCAACAUUUAGGGAUAACUUAGCAAUCUUAAGAAAAUCUAAACAAACAAAAAUGACGAUAUUUAUGAAGAAUAUAUCAUUUUCCAUGCAAAAAAGUUGAAAAAGCUGCAAACUAUAUAUUAUGUGCUGCAUCAUAUUUAAAUAUAAAACUGCAACCUAUGCUUUCGUUCCAAGAUAAUCUCUUAACUUUAAAAAAAUAUCGCCGAAUACUCCCUUUCAAUAGUUUUGAUUUAUAGAGGUAAUGCAUUUUGUCAAUUACAAAAAAAUUGUUUUCAAGUUGGAUACUUAUAAAAAAUCUGUCUACAUUAGGGUAAGAAACAUAGUUUGUUGUAUAUACCAUAGAAGUGUUUGUUUCAUGAUUGUGCUA